ACACCCCUCUCACCCUCUCUCGUUCUCCAUGCAGCUAGUCAGUGAAUGAGUCCAGUCAGACACAAGCUGUUAAACAGCACAGCCCCUCUCUUGCUCUCUCUCUCUUUCUCUCUCAUUAUCUCUCUCUCUCUCUGUCCUUUCCCGUCUCAGGAGCAGACAGUCAGUGGAGCAUCGGCACGGCAACGGAGCGACACAGGACUGACGGAGAGAGAAGAAGCAAAUCUCGCUCACAGCAACACAACAUUAAGAACAUUUACAGCAGAACAGUGACUGCAGUACAGUUCAAAUCAAAGCGGAAGCAACAGAUUGCCCCCCAGUUGUUGCAGCAACUGAUGCUCUCCCGACUGAUCUGGGCUUGGAAACAAAGCAGAUUUGCAACAGCUCCUGCAGCUGAUGUCUCCUGGGUUUUGAAAGUCAGUUUAUCUGUGUGAAAGAAAUGUUUUUUGCUCUGUCAAAGCACGAGGAAAUGACAGCGCCGUGCAACGGAAACGAAAAGCUUUAAUUCGGUCGGAAAGCAACACGUUUCAAGCUGGGCGUCAACAUCACCUCUACCACCAGCGUCUCCUCCCGGAUCAGAAGAAGACCAAGCAUCCGAGCUAUGAAUGCACAAGCAGGAGGAGGAUGUUAGAUUGACAUGCAGAGUUCAGGGAGUUUUGCUGUGAAACAGAGUAAGGUCAGCUUUUAUCAGUGUGAAGAAGCAGGUAAGACUCAAAACCGAACAACAAUAAGUCCAUCAGACUAUCACCUGGACUUCUGAGGACAAAAAGGGAUGAAGAGGAGUGCGUACACCAGCAUCUGCCUAAGAACGGAAGCAAAGCACGAAUCCAAAAACUAGAGCAGAAAUGACAGUAGGGGAGAGCUUCCACUCCGCUACGCACAACCACAGAUAGAUGAUCAGUUAAGAAAAAAGCAUCAGCCAAGAUAUCAUUUAUCAGAGCACUUAACCUCAUCAAAAGUGAGCAACCAACAGAGAUAUCUGAGUUCACAAGGAUGAUUUUGCACCGCUGGAGCUUGCAUGUUGUCUAACAUUCAGAGAGACAGCAGCAACAGCAAAAUCUUCCUUUGACGUCAACUUCUGCUGCCACUUACUGCAAGUACGUUUUUGCACCGAUUAUAUUCGGUGUGAGCACCUUGGGGUUCUUGCUUGACUCUUCUUUUCGGGGUGAGGUGGAUCUGCCGUGGGGGGCAGCUGACAGCCAUCCAAGACGCCGCGAGCCGUACUCCGCGUGAAGAAUGCCCAGCCGCGCUUGGCCAAGCCGGCCGACCCGGGCCCGACGGCGGGCCUCUACAUGGAAAGAUCGCAGAGCCGCAUCAGCCUGUCGGCGUCCUUCGAGGCCCUCGCCAUCUACUUCCCCUGCAUGAACUCCUUUGAUGAGGACGAUGGGGUGGAUACGGAGGGAAGGAAGUUGAAGGGAGGCAUCCAGAGGAGCACGGAGACGGGACUGGCUGUAGAGAUGCCCAGUCGGACUGUCCGCCAGGCCAGCCACGAGUCUAUAGAGGACAGCAUGAACAGCUACGGCUCCGAGGGAAACCUGAACUACAGUGGCAUGUGUCUGGCAUCGGAUGCACAGUUCAGCGACUUCCUGGACGGGAUGGGACCCGCCCAGUUUGUUGGGCGACAGACGCUGGCGACAACAUCCAUGGGUGACAUAGAGAUCGGUCUGAUGGAGAGGAACGGGGGUUUGGAGGUGGAGGUCGUUCAAGCCAGAGGACUCACCAUGAAACCAGGCUCAAAGGGACCUCCAGCGGCCUACAUCAAAGUUUACCUCUUAGAGAACGGGAUCUGUGUGGCCAAGAAGAAGACCAAGUCAGUGAGGAAGUCUCUGGAUCCUCUCUACAACCAGGUCCUGGUCUUCUCCGAAAGUCCACAGGGGAAAGUGGUGCAGGUGAUCGUCUGGGGCAACUAUGGACGGAUGGACCGCAAAUGCUUCAUGGGUGUAGCUCGAAUCCUAUUGGAGGAGCUGGACCUCAGCACAAUGGUGAUUGGCUGGUACAAGCUCUUCCCUACCUCCUCCAUGGUGGACCCAACGAUGGCACCACUCAUUCGCCAUUCCUCCCAGAUGUCCUUGGAAAGCACCAUCGGGCCCUGUUGUGAGCGAUCCUAAGACUCACGCAAAAAUAUAAAGUUUUGUUGUUGCGGCUAAGACUCUAUCAUUGUCUCAACCAAAACCUAAGACACAUUUUGAUAUAUAGCCUGUAGCCCUGCACUCGGGUCAGCCAGGUGGUACUGCCCCUCAGCAGAUAGGGGUCUUACCCAAGGGCACUUCGACAGGUCCAACCACACUUGGGACUCAACCACUCCCCUGACUGGGAAAUGAUUUUACUAACUAGUAGGUCAUUUUGCCACUCAAUGGAAAUGUACUGUAAUUCUUUUGAUAUUGUAUCAGACUGUUUCCCAAGACUCAUGGGAAGCACAUUUCUUUUGUUGUUGCAACCGACCGCCCCUCAGACUCACAGGAAAAUUUUGCUUUCUUCAGAUCUCUUUGAUGAAAAAGCAAAAACCUACUUAAUGAGGAUACUUCAAAGGAGGGCUCGGUUGCCGACAUUGAUUACAUCCUAUUGGGACCACAAUACACGGCGGGCUCAGCUUUGCUUCAGCUACGCGCCUUCUUCGCAGCCUACAUUCGAUUCUCAUUCCCAGGACUAUUUGUUGUCUUGCUGUGUCCUCAUUAAGGGGCUGGACAGCUCCUGAGUGUUAUCUGUCAAUCCACAAGUCCAGAGAGAAAGUGAGACUGCCCUCAGAUGGUUUGAAACACCAGCCUCCCAUUCUGCAGGAGCAUGGGAACAGCAGGUUUUAGAUGAAGGGAUCUGUGCGCAGCAGGACUACAGAGGACUUCAAAAAAGAAUGGAGACGUCUUGGUUUCGAACACUCUGACAUGAGCUGUUUUUGGUUUUUGUGUCACACAUUUGGCCCUUCUGUGUUUAGUUUGUUUGGUACUCUGUGUUUGUGUGUGGAACAGGCAUGAAUGCAGGCCCCUUUCAUCUUCUAGAUCUCUACCUGAUCUUGGGGAUCCAGAGUACUGCUGGGUUUCUAUCCUGCCAGUUGGCUUGGAUAUACUUGUCGCACCAGGUAUAAAUUGGUUCCCGAGUGAAUUUAUAUGGUUCAAAAGAAGAACUAGCAGGUUCUGAGUUCCCAAAGACCAUGUGCAAGUAUGACCCAAGAGUCAUUUUCAUUCCAAUCAAUCAUUCAAUAAGCUGAUUUUAUUCAGUAUUGUGUCAUCUACUAUGGAAGGCACUGUUUAGAUAAAUCAGCUAGAGCUGUGUUUGGUGAGGAUGAAAACAUGCAGACUUGUGAUCUCCGACCCCAUUUUACCUGGUUGUUUUUUUUAAUCUAAAUUGAUUGCAUCCAAAUAGAGAUUUCCAGCUUUAAACAAUUUGAAAUCUGAUUAUCUGAACCAGUUAAUUACAUUAUACCCUGGUGCAUUAUGCUGCCACUGAAGAUGCAUCUCAAAGUGGAAAAAUGGCAUAUACAGAUAUCUGGCGUGACAGCCAAACUAAACUGGAUUUUAUGCGCUCAAUAUAUUGUAUUAGAUCUGGAUUAGAAAUCAAAGUGGCUAACCAUACAUGCAGGUGACUGUCACGUCCAAAUGCAAUGUGGUUAAACCGUAUCAGGAUACAAUCUAGAUACAGCUGGUAUUAAACUGCCAUGUGUAAAUGGGGUCUGAAAAGUUAAGGCUGUUGUGUCCUCAUUUGGUUCAGUUCUGUUCUGUGUUUUCACAUCCACCUGGUCGUGCAGGUCACAUCAAGUGCAGGGGUUAGUUAUUGCACCUGUGUUGUAGCGCUGACACGUGAUGCUAAUACAAAAAAAGACAUGUUUCCACAGGCAUCGAGGACAGAAGCCUGGCUGACAGUAUAGGGCUGAGAACUUGCUGUAUAUCCCAGUUUAAUUGUAGUUUGGAAUGCUCUUUAGCUUAUAAUCUAGAAGUAGAUUUUUAAGAUUCCUCCUCUCUUUUUUUAAAGCUUUGGCUAACAGUUGUCUAAUAACAGUUUCUACUGUGCCAAUUUCUACCAGCAAGUGUCUUCUCCUUCCUCUUCUUCAAUUACCUUGCAGCAUGUGCUAUUGUGAGGGAGGAACAGAAACAACCACUCACAACAUCUGACAGCAAGUAUUCAGGCCGUGCAGAGACGCAUCCCUUUUAUUCUAAAUUACAGCCCUAAUCCACAAACCGCCAAGGCACCUGAUGAUUAGCCAUGCUACGACUCAGUACGGAGAGAGGAAGAGAGGGAGGAAAAGGAAAGAGAGAGGAAGGAAGCAUGAAAUGUACUUUGCAUCAUCCAAACAAAGGAUCUGUCUGGACUGACGUUCGCAGAUUUAAAAAAAAAGGACACAAAAAUAGGAUGAAUUUAAAGGGAACACAAUGUGCACACUGUAGAGAAAUGUAUAGUUUAUUAACGAACAAAAGUAUAUGUAUUUAAUUUGGGCACUUUAUGAUUCUUAAUGUUUUUUUAUGUGUAAAUAUUAUGGUUGUUAGUGUCUUUUGGAGUGAGCCAAAGUUAAUCUAUAAUGACUUAGUUGAUUAAUGUUAAAAUCUGAGGGAGGGAAGGGAUAUCCUUGCUAGUUACCGUAAGAUUGUAGCAUUAGCUGGUAGCAUCCGCAUGACUGAUUAAAACUUCUAAUUAAUUAGCAGGCAACUUGAUAAGACUAAGCAUGAGCUAUACGCUACACAGAAAGAGGAGGGAUGAAAUACAGUGUGUUGGGUUGAGACCAACAUCAAUUGAGGAAUAAAUACAUAUGUAGCAAUUGAAAUCAGAUUCAAAGUUUACUGAAUUUCAUUUUGGGCUUUUUUCUUUCACACAAAAACCUGUUUAGUUUUUUUUUUAUCUUUGAAGCAAGAUUUCAGAAAAAAAAAUCCAAUUUCUCUAUUUUAAUGAAACACUUUGGAGUGUCUUUACUCUAAAACAAAAACUUUGCAAAAUAGACCUCUGUUUUGCCAGUAGCAGUGUUGCAGGGAUAUUAAUACUGUAUUUAUUUCCAAACAAAUUAGCUACAUUCUAUAAAGCAAUAAUCAAAACACAUCCAGUCAUUGCAGCUUUUCAGUUGUUCAGUGGAAAAUGACAAGCUUAGCCGGUGAUUUUCACUGCAGUAACAUUUAUCAGUUAUUCAACAAGACAAUUAUCUUAAUGUGUUGAUGUCCAAGAGAAUAUUAUACAGCACGAGGAUUUUUAUGAUUUAAAAAAUACCUUGUAAAUCGUUUGAAGGAUCUAAAUGCAGUAACUGGAAAUCACUUGUUAAGCUGUCACCCAGCGUUCAUGAUUUUUUUUUCGAUUAACUUAUUCCAGGGAAAGUGUCAUGUAGUCUCUAAGCAAUCUCUGUUUACAGAAGGAGCUGGAAUAUAAUAGCCCAUCAAAGAUUAAAAUUUCUGAUUUGAAAAAUGCAGGAUCAUUUUUCACAACCUGAAACCACUUUGAAAAGCAUGGAUUUUAAUCUAAUGAUAAUUGCCUGGUAGUUAGAACAAAAGAGGACUGUUUUUAAAAAUGAGGUGAUAUUAGAAAAGUUGUAUAAAUCAAAUAUAUAUAUAUAUAAUAUAUAUAAAUAUAUUUUAAUUUAACUCCUCUAACUGUGACCCAAGGAAUGUGUUUUUGUCAGUGUUCUUUUGUGCCAAAAUUUAAACCUAUUUUGAGGGCUGAUUUCCCAAUUGAGGACCAAUGAAAGAGGAAAGUUUACACACUUGGCAUUCAAUUUUCUUUCAGAAACCCAUAAGCUGAGUACAUCCUGUUCUAAAGGAAUGACUCUGCAUCCAAGAGGAAGAACUCUGCGGCUGAAACAAAAGUAAUAUUGCAUGAUAAUGAUAUAGAUUUACUGAAGAUUGAUCGAGAGUUAGAAAUAUAAAGCGGUAACCAUCAUAGAAGUGUCCCAUCCAUACAUCUAUCCUGCAGCAGCUGCCUGUACAACACAAGUGUUGUAAAGCAUUAAUCAAUGUUAACAAAGAGCUGAUUGUUCGUAGCAUUUAAAAGCUAAAAGACCUUUCCUAAGAAGGGUGGAGCAGCAUGGCAGCAGUAGAAUGGCAUGCAUGCAGUGAAUGAUGGCUUUUCUAUGAUGGCUACAGGUGCAGACUCUGGCAUUCGUGUGAAUUUGGUGUAAACGUGUAUACAUCUGACCCUUGCAAGAACAUUUUCUUCUCUGAUUGUUUGGGAGAGAGACAAAAUAAAUGCCAACAUUGCUAGCAGGAUUAAGAGUAAUUAAUGUUUGUUUAAUUAAAAACUGAUUGUGUAAUUUUGCUCAUCAAAAGCUACUUCUUCACCAGUCUUAAUUUGUUUGUGACAUUUUGUAACUUUGAAGGCAAACGAAUGAGCUAAUGAACUAUGUAGAUGUUAGAGUUGACAUAUUCAGCACCGAAAAUGUAAGUUUUUGCACCCACCCAUAUUUUGAUUGUGUCUGCCACAUGGAUGUUAAUUAUGUACUACUAUCAAUUGUAAUGUAAGUAGAGGCCUUAAACACACCGAUAUACAUUUUGUCAGGGCUAAGGACUAAGAAUUGUCACAUAAAGUAAUCAAUAUGACGCAAAAAAAGUUUUACAGUGUCACCAUUUCAACCCAUUACCUAAAGUAAUUUAAGUGUCAUCUAAGGAAAUGAUUAUAUUUGCGUAUGUUCUUAAUGAAUUUCUGAUAUAUUGAUAUUUCAACCGACUAUUUGUGUAUUCUCCCCACGCCUUGGUGUGGGCUUAAUUGAACAAACUGAGCAAAAAAGUAGAUAUUCAAACAUUCUGACCUGUUUCUUAACAGGACUUAUUUUCUAAACUUAGAAUGUACACUAUCUUACACUAGUGUUUGUUUAUUGAUGUUUGAAUGCACAUAAUGGUACUUUGUGGUUUCAAUCAAGUAGAGUAAAAUGAAAAAAAUAAAAAAAGAACAUUCCCAAUUUAGCCAUCUGUAAGAAUUGUACUGGAGUGGGUCCUUUUCCACCCUAACUGCCUUCUGGGUUGAAAUUCUGCAAAACCAGACGUUUUCCCCUUACUCAUUAGCACUGCUCAAUUCUGGGACACCAUAACGGAGCCACUGACUAAGAUACAAAGAAAAAACUUUAGGGACAGUUGUGUUACAUGUAAUAAGCAGCAUAUGUGUUUAGCUAAUAACUUAUAAAUGUAAAACAAAGGCAACAUGACUGUCCCUAAAAUUUUCCCUCAGCCAUCUCAGACAAGGCAAUUCAAUGGUGGAUCUCAAGAACAUUUCUAACCAUGAGUGAUGGGAGCAUCGCAGCCCUCUUGUUUGGCACUUGUUAUAUUUACAUGUGCACAAUAAUAGAACUAGUGGGAGAUCCCUGAUUAAACAACAGCAGCAUUUACACGAUCUGAAGCAGGCGUAAACAUGGCUUCCAAACGUGUUUUUCCUCACUGUAAAUGCACAUUUCAAGGACAACCUAAUCAACAGAAGAUAUGUUCAGGCAAUCAAAAACACAUCAGUACCAUGCAGAGAAAUCUGAAAUAGCCAUAACUGUAAGAGUAAGCUGUAAGAACUGUUUCCAUGGAUGUAGUAAGAGAAUUGGAUGCUGUGUUUCAAGAUGGCGGCCCAUUUAUUUCAAUGAAAGCGAAUAAAAGUCACAAUUUAUUGAUGCGACUUUUCGGAACUUUUCAAAUUUUAUUGGCCCCAAAAGGUUCAAAUUCUGCUAAUACAGUCCAUAUUCCAGAAGCUUGCAAACUUGUUUAGGGUUGAGCCAGCAGUUUAUAUACUUUUUCUCCCGUCGCCAUCAAACCAGUGUGUAACAGCUUAUUUACCGGGCAAUGCAUCUAUGCAUCGUUUUUGUUAUUCAAGCCCCAAUAGCUUAUUAAAGUUGUCAUUCAAUAAGCUACCCAAGCUACCAUAAAGGCAAUUGUCACCUUUUUCUUCAAGUGAGUAGGAGUAGAAAACAACUGUGCUUCUGUUUGCCAAUGGAAGCAACAGAAGCACAGCUGGUUGUCUCCACAUUGUCAGAGGACAUGUAUAUAAAUUGAACUUUUCUCAACUCUGCCAGGUCACGCCACUGUCAGACUUUUGGGUCUUGAGUCAUGGCGGGCGGUGCCAAAAUGUAAUCUGACGUUGAUUUCACAAUGAUUGGCAUCCUAUUGUACUUCCAUUGCUUGAGUUCAUGUGUAUCAUCCAUAUUACUAUUCUAACUGCAAUACAAAUACAUUUUUGUGCGCAUGUAUGAGCUAAUGUCCGAGCUAACCUUGAUGUAAAAUGGCCGAAAACCUUUUUUUUUUUUUGUUUGAGUUUAGGGAUGGCAUAUGUGGUAAACUUGAUUAUUCUCACAGAGUGCACAGGCAGAGCCUAUUUCCACAGUUUCUGUCUGUGUUUGCAGAAGAUCAACCUAAGAAGUGAAUCUGGGUAGAACUCCCUUUGAAGUUCUUUAAAAAAAAAAAAAAAAACCUUCUGUUACCUGAGCUUAAAAUGUCCAUAUCAUUUCCCUCUUAAGUUCAUGGGUUUCACUGAUUAGAAAGAAAGAGAGCACUAUUUGUGUCUUUUCUUUUAGAGUGACAGUGUGUGCAUUUCUAGACACAUACCAUAUCAUGUUCUCUCUGGGGGAAGAGGGUGGAGGAGUGGGAGGAUGAAAGGGUAGAUGCAGCUCCUCUGCGGAUGUUAUGAAAUGGUGGCUGGUGGAUCCCAAAAGCAACACAUCUCCUCCAGUCUGGUGUGCUGCAGAGGCAGCCGUUCCCAAACUUUUCCCUGAGAGCCAGUCCCCAACCCAGCCCUCAUAAAAGUGUUCCCCCACAUGCCAUCUGGUGAAUCCCACACUGAGUGAAUACAUUUUUAGGUUGGGUGGCCCCAGUGUGAAGUUAAGUGCCAUGGAGUUUCAUAACUUGUGUUUCUCGACACCAUUCCUGGUUAAAUUACCUCUCAGCUCUAUGAGUUCACAUUUCAGUCACACAUUACUAGUCACACACUGGUGUCAACUCAUUUGGGCUCCAACCCCAAAUCUUCUACACAAAUCCUCCUUUUAUUUCUUCAAUAAUGGUUGAUGAUCCAAAGUUUAUCUACAGCAUUCACAGCCUGAAAUUCUCAUCUCUAAACCAUCAUGUGAGGCCUUUUGAGACCAUUCGAGAAAUUUCCUAACGCUACGAUCUCCUAAGGCCCCUAAAAUACUACGUAUAACGAGGUGAUGUUUUGGUUUUGGGAUACUAGAUGAGACAGUUUUACAGGCCUUCUCAUUCUGUCAGGAACAUGUGAAAUGGGCAACUGUUGGAAGCAAUGCUGAUGGAAAAUCUUCAGUGAUAAGAAUUUAUCCAGGGACGUUUUUCUAAGUAUACUGUAUAUUCUUUUUCUGAGUUACACAUUCCUUCCAUUUAAUGAGAGUUGCUCCAUCCCUUCAGUCUUCUACUGUCAGCCACUGAGUAGCUUCACUGGUUGCAUUUGUUUGCUCAAUGGCAGCUCAGCAGGAGCAAAGGAAGGGAGAGCAUCACUGUUUAAACCCCACAUUUUAAGAAUCACCCAGCCAUUUAAGGAUUUCAAACCUCCAUUUACGAGUAUAUUGUAAUUUUAAAAAAGUUUUCAAUACUUUUCGUCCCAUCCAUAGGUUAGCGUCAAGAAGUGUUAGCAUAAACUAAUGUUAGCAAAGCAUUAAGCACCAAAUGCCCAUCUGCAUUGCUUUCCAUUUGUUGCUCAUGUAUUACUGCCUCGAAUGUUAUCAGAAGAGUGACAAAGUGGUGUAACUUUAGUUUAAUUCACCGCACUGUCAUUUAAAACACAAGUAUAUUUGCAGAUUCUUUGGCAAACUGUUAUAUUGUUGAGUAAAUGCACAAUUUGGUGUAUUGUUAUUCUAUUCCAGCUGUCAAUAAAAUAGUUUAACUCCA